GGCAGCCGUUUUUCCUGGAAUUUUUUUUUUUUAAUAAAAAGAAAAAAACGCAAAGGAAGAACAUCAGAAUGGGCCUCGCCACACCACUCUCGAAAUGUGAAAAAGGAAAAAAUGUGGCGGGGGCAUCUAGUCGUGUUCUAGCAGGAAGUUCAUUCCCAUUUUGCAAAUUUCGAGAGUGGUGUGGUGAUGCCCAAUUUCUUUGCACGAGUGAAGCCCGGUGCGUCCAACCUGUCAGAACCUCAACGUUCCUUCUUCAUCUGCAUCUCCCUCGUCGUAAUCAUCGCUGUGAAGUUGCGCUGCCGGGUAAACUAUGAUGGGCUCAGAUUCGCUGCCCAUCUGGAGAAGAUCGGGCGUGAGAUUGUGCAGAAGGUACGAGGAGCCGAAGGACCUUUCAUUGCAUUGCAUUUGAGGUAUGAGCCAGACAUGCUGGCAUUCACAAUGUGCGACUACGGCGGGACUGCAGAAGAGAAAAGAUCUUUAUUUGCUGGACAUAAGCGAACGAUACGUUUACGAGGUGGGGAGCUCUUGGCGGUUCUCGAUCAGACGACGGGACCGGAGCUUGAGGCCCGAAUACGUCUGUUGUUCGAAGGUCAUGCUGUUGUCUCUUUUGUGCCGGUGAAGGAGAGGGGGGGAAGGAACGGAAGAGGUGGCCGAAUUCAUCAUCGGUCUGCAUUACUCCGAGUUCACCUUGAUGACGAGUGCUUUUACGCUUGGGUGCAUCUUUCUCUCGGUGUGCCGUGACCUCUCGAUUGUGUUUGCCCUCGUUCUACUUUGAGGCUUGAGCUAACGCAUGU